GUGCCAUUGGGCGAGAAAGCUGUCGACUUUGUGAUAAAGGUGUACAACAAACACACACAUGAUUUGUAUUUAAUAAAAAAUUGAAAGACAAGUUUCUGUAGUAUAUAAGGAUGAGGAGUACCAGCUCAGGGAUUCAUAAAAAUCAAUUGCAAUUUUCAAGCUAUAAACAAACAAAUAAUAGUAAACUUCAAGUUUGAUUUUCAAACGUCAAAAACUUGAAGUUAAAGUCAAUCUUAAAUAUUUUUUGACAUUUUUGUAUUUAUAAUUUGUUUUUUUUGGACACUUCUUCAUAUACACUAAGAGAAGAAAUGGACUCAAGAGACAAUCUAUCCGUUGUCAUCCAUAAGAAGAACGACUUGAGAGUCGAACAAUCAGUUCUGCCUGAAGAACCCAAAGCUUAUGAAGUUCAAUUGGCUUCACAUACAGUCGGAAUUUGCGGCUCAGAUGUCCACUUCUGGAAGGACGGCAAGAUUGACAAAUGGGUUAUCAAUGAGCCGAUUGUUACCGGACACGAAUCCAGCGCUACGAUAGUCAAAGUUGGAUCUCUGGUCAAGAAUCUGAAAGUCGGCGAUCGGGUGUCUGUAGAGCCCGGUGUCGGUUGUAUGGCCUGUCAGACGUGCAAAGAUGGCUUCUAUAACUUGUGUCCCGACGUUACCUUUCAUGCCGUUCCGCCAACUGGUGGUGCACUUCGCCGAUACUACAAUCAUAGCUCAGCAUUUUGUCAUAAACUACCCGAAAACAUGAGCUACGCUGAGGGCGCUCUCAUGGAACCGUUAGCUGUGGCCGUCUAUGCCUGCAAGAGAGCCAAUAUUACCGAAGGCUCGGGUCAACGAGUGAUGGUUACUGGUGCCGGACCUGUUGGUCUGCUAACAGCAUUGGCAGCCAAGGCAUUGGGCGCUCAAGAAGUUUGCAUUUUGGAUAUUAACGAAAAUCGGCUGAAAUUUGCUAAAGAAAUGGGUAUCGAAAAAACAUUGCUUAUUAAUACCAAAUUGGACACCGAAGCACUGGCCGAUGAAGUGGUCAGUUUGUUGGGAGCCAAUCCCGAUAUCACUCUCGAGUGCAGCGGCGCUGAAUCAUCGCUCAAUUUGGCCAUCUAUGUGACAAAAGACGGCGGAAAUGUUGUAAUGGUAGGUCUCAAUCAUCGAAAAGUUACCGUUUCGCUGGCAUCGGCCGCUUGUCGAGAAGUAAACCUAUUGGGAAUCAAACGUUAUCGACACAGCUUCCCGUUGGCCAUCUAUUUGGUCGGUAGUGGCAAACUUGAUGUUAAGCCACUGAUCACUCACCGAUAUCGCAUUGAACAGGCAUUGGACGCCUUCGAAACGGCCAGUUCGCCGACGGCCGGUGCCAUCAAAGUACAGAUCGAGUGUUUUGAACAAAACUAAUGCAUUUUACAAACAAUUUAUUGUAUCACUUAUAUAAUCAUUACAUUUAUUAUACAGACUAUAUAUAUA